AUGGACCUCGCCGGGCUCCUGCUGGACGAAGAAGGCACCUUCUCCCUCACCGGCUUCCAGGACUUCACGUUUCUCCCAGGACACCAGAAGCUGAGUGCCCGAAUCCGAAGGAGACUCUACUAUGGCUGGGACUGGGAAACUGACUGUACUCUGGAGGAGCUCUCCAGCCCCGUGGCAGAUAUUGCUGUGGAACUGCUCCAGAAGGCAGCCCCCAGUCCUAUUCGCCGGCUCCAGAAGAAAUAUGUAGCCCACGUGUCCCGAGAGGCUUGCAUCUCUCCGUGUGCUAUGAUGCUGGCUCUGGUAUACAUUGAGCGGCUCCGGCAUAGAAACCCAGACUACCUACAGCACGUGUCAUCCUCUGACUUGUUCCUGAUCUCCAUGAUGGUGGCCAGUAAGUACCUCUAUGACGAAGGGGAGGAGGAAGAGGUCUUCAAUGAUGAAUGGGGAGCUGCUGGGGGUGUGGCCGUGCCCACUCUCAAUGCCCUGGAGAGGGGCUUCCUGAGUGCCAUGGAUUGGCGGCUCUACACUGAUCCUCGGGAAAUCUUUGAGGUGCUGAGCUGGCUGGAGGGCUGCGUGGCUGAGCAGCAGGGGCGCCGGCGGGGAUGGUACACCUACACAGACCUGUGUGUGCUGCUGGAGCAGCCUGCCUGGCAACUGGCGCUGGGCUCCCUCUGCCAGCGGCUGGCAAAGCUGUCCUGCCUGUUGGCUAUGGCAUAUGUGAGCAGCGUGGCCCUCGCUGUGGCAUCGAUGGCUGUAAUACACCAGUCCUUAGGGCUGUCCUGCAGCCCCCCGCCUGGCCCUCCAGACCUUGGACUGGCCUUCAGGUGCCUUUUGGAACCCUGCAUAUCUUCCCCCAUGCCACAGUGCCUGCCGUCUCCUGCUAACGUCACCGGCUGCCUGGAAGGCGAUGUAGUGCUGCGUUCACUGUGGGGCAGUCUGCUAGCCUCACUGACUCCCCCACCGUUGCCUCCUCCAGACCCUCCUGCUCCCCCCACUCUUCUUCACAACUGCCCCCUUUGCCAGAAGCUCCAGAAGGACUCCCCAACCUGCCGUGCCUGCCAUCACCUCAACCAUACUGUCUCCACGGGGCCCCCCAGUCCUUGGUCCCACUCCCAUGGCCUGGCUCCCCCUUGGCCUUGGAGCCAAAUGCCCCCUCUGCUCCCACAGCCCCAGCAAUGUUCCCUUUUCAGCAUCAUGGAACUGGCCCGCCUGAAGUCUUUCAUUUUCCCAGGUUAG